AUGAUGACACACGAGGACUUUCUUCCCAAUCCUCACACCAGAAAACUCCCUCCUCGUCAAACCUCUCAACAAAAAAGAUUUUCUCCUUUCAUUGCCUACACGAGGAUACAAAUCCCGAUUUUCAUCUACCUAUCUACCUAUCUACCUACCUACCUACCUAUCUCUCUAUCUAUCUAUCUCGAAAGGACUUUUAGGAGUUUCUCUCAUAGCUCAUUUUUUUCUAAUCAAUCAAUCAAUCAAUCAAUGAAUCAUCAUAAAUCCCACGGAAGAAACAAAAGGUUAAAUCACACCACAUCAAAUCAGUUGACCAUGAUCACAAAGAUAGUAGUAGUGGAUAAAGCUAAAGCUCUCGAGACAAUGGUCGAAGAAAAUUCAUGCAUCGAAGUACAGGUACCGGUCAUGCAUAUUUGGAGACGUCACAAUCAUGAGAAUGACCCUGGGGUUGUAUGGAAAAUGAUCACAUUAAGCAUAAGUCAUGUGUCAGUCAUCUUGUACAGAAAAACAAAUAAUCACAUCACAAAGGUUCAAGUGAUGAUAGGGGAAAUAAAAUCAUCAAUAUUCCAGAAAGUGGGUAGAUAG